CAUGACAAUACAGCUCCACCUCCUGGAAUAAAAGGGUCAAAGAAGGCUGAUGGCACAAAAGAUUCUGAGAGUAACAAUAGAUCAGAACUUCCACAGAACAACAGGGAAGAAAAAGAUUUUGAGAGUAAGAGUAGAUCAGAACUUCCAAAGAAGAACAGGGGAGAAACUGUACAGAAUAAUGCAGGCUCUCAGGGUGUAAGCUAUUGCACUAGUUUUGCAUUCCUAUUUACAUAUAAUCCUGUUCAUAGUUACCAAUAAUUGUUUUGUUUUUUCAUACUUAUGUGUGAGUCAUGUGGAAAGACAUGCUGCAGCACCUAUGCGUACAACAAGAUGAAGCAGUAUACAAAGAAAUCUAAUGAGCAGAUACUGAGUAAACUGGAACUAAUUGCAAGCAGGCAGACCAGUAUGAAGCCAUCUGAAGGCAAACAUUGCAAACUUCAAGACCUGCGAGAUGUUUGCCCUGAUGAGUCAGACGAUUAUGACAUCCGCAAUGGAAUGGUUCACAUUGGUGAAAAAAAGUUCAUCAGCAUCAAAGCCAUUGCUACUGUGGAUAUUGCAAAACACGGUGUUAGGUCCACACUGCAGGAACUAGUGCCCCUCUUUUGGCCUGACAAUUAUAAGGAUUAUUCACUAGAUGGGAAAGGGAAGCAAAUAACUGACAAUCACAUUAAGAGCAUGAUAGGAAUUCUAGACUCCAUGACAUGGAAAAUGAAUCACAGGACAAGUUUGGAGAUAGGGAAUGUGCGCAGGGAGCUCAGCAAGGCCCUGUCGCAUCUGAAACGCCCAAGCAGCUCAAACAAACAAAAACCAAUUGCAAGCAAAGAAAAGAAGAAGAAAACACAAGAGGUACAGAAAGGCAAGCAUAGUGGCGCUGCAAGAGGCAAUGAUAAGCAAAAAUCAACUGCUGCUGAACCCAAGAAAUCAAAGAAUGGCUUAGAUAGUAAAAUGUCUGGAAGUUCUAGCAGCGAAGAAAGUGAGGGAGAGGGAGAUGAUGAUGACGAGGAUGAGACCAGUGAUGACGAGAGAGAUUAGAAGAGAAAGAAGAAGACCAAUGAUGAUGACGAGGAUGAGACCAGUGAUGACGAGAGAGACAAGAAGAGAAAGAAGAAGACCAAUGAUGAUGACGAGGAUGAGACCAGUGAUGAUGAGAGAGAUAAGAAGAGAAAGAAGAAGACCAGGGAAGGCUCUAGUGACAGUGAGAGCAGUGAUGAAGAGGGAGAUGACAAGAAAAAGAAAAAGAAUUAGAAAAUUGAACAUGUAUGUCUGCUGUCCUUCAUACUUUCAGUUUUAAUGAGCGCAUAUUGGCUUUUAACAUAACAUUAAUAAUCAUGUUCUUUUUAUUGUUUUUAUGUUGAAUUUGAAUUGUAAGAACUUUUGUCAAAUCACAAAUGUACCAAUCAGUAGUGAGUAGUGUGUUAAUCAUGUUCUUCUUACAGGGGUCGCAAACUCGAGCUAUCCGCCGAGCCUCGCCUGCAUAGGCCACACGCAUUACGAGCUCUUCGGCAAGAAGAGUGAGAGAGAUAGAUGUAGUGGUGCCUCAGCGACUGACCCGUGCCCGGCCGCACUGCUGUUACCGCCGGCUAGCUUUGCUCGGCGCUCGGUCGUCGGCCAGUGUGUCUAUCUUUGUCACUCCCAAUGCUACCUCAAUGAGUGCGACAAAGACAGACACACACACUGGGCCAGCGAGCGAGCGGCGUGUGUCCAGCGACAGACGACGACGGCUGAGUCCAGCUCAGCUCCGAGCCACCCGAGCGCGGCUCUCGGCGACCUCGGGUUCACCCGGACGCAAGAGGUGCGCGGCUCGCCGAGAUCCGGGCUAGGCGAGCCGCGCUUGGCUCGGGAGCCGCGAGUUUGCGACCCCUGUCUUAUUAUAUUUUUAUGUUUAUUGAUAUUUUAAUUGUUACCAUUCAAUGGUAUAUGUACCUGAUUUCUUUAAAGUGUUACUUU